AUGUUUGGUUUUCUUAUACACUCCUAUGUUCUGUGGCUCAUCAUCAAAGGAACUGGAAGUGGAGUCACAUCUGACUAUUUCAACCUCAAUCUCUCUGUUUGUGAGAUCAUGUUCUCUCUGAAUUGUUUAUUAAGUAUUGUGGUAAAUGCCAUAAUAUUUCAUGGUUUCAUGAAAUUACCAGCGUUUCUACAAGGACUUGCAUUCACUGGUCGUCCUCUGUUUCAGUGUCUGAUCUGUGUUGAGCGUUUCCUGGCAGUGGUUUAUCCUGUAACCUUUCUAAAGUACAAACCUCUCAGAUAUAGAGUCAUCUGCUGCACUGUGGUCUGGAUAAUCACUCUUGGAUCAUGUUUGUUCUGCCUGUUUUCUUCAAUCUCAAAUACUUUUUAUAUAUAUUCAUGGUUUUUCUCGAUUCAGUUGCUACUUUUACUCUCCAUCCAGUUGUUUUGUCUUUUGGCUGUUCUCAGAGCUCUGAAACAAUCAGGACCAGGAGAGAGAGCGAGAGAGAGAGAGGAGGAAAACAACAUGAAAAGAAGAGCGUUUAAUAUCAUUCUAAUAACUACAGUGAGCAUGGUUAUCAUGCUUGUGCCAUACACUAUUACUGGACUAGUCACUGCCGGAAUGAGGUUAAAGUAUGUAACUGAGACGUCUCGUAUCUGUACUGAUAUGGACUGA